UGAGGCCACACUUGAUGCCUCAGUAUUUGCUUUAGCCGUCUUUCAACUCAAGAGAAAACCCCGAGCUUUUGUUCAUGCCAUCUUCUCACCAUCAUACGAAAACACUUCUAACCAUCACAAAUCACCAUCUUCUCCAAAACCCCGAGCUUUGUAGUCUGGAUUAGCUUUUGUUGGGUUAGAUUAAGGUUAGAGUUGGGGUUUUAGUUCUACUGAAAAGAGGGAUUGAGUUCUCACUAAUCGAGUUGGGUUCUACUCGAUUGGGGUUCUACUCGAUUAGGGUUCUAGUUGGGAUUGAGUUCUCAUUACAUUCUGCUGAGAAGGAGGUUCGAGUUAUCACCAAUCGAUUUGGGUUCGAGUUUCUGAAAUCCUUGCGAUUGGUGUGAAACCGCAGUGGAAAGUGAUAGAUUUCAAGUGGAUAAGGGAGAACAAGGAUGCUGUUGCUUGGUAUUGCAGCCUAGUUUCAUCGGAUUUGGGUGAUAUCUGGUCAUUAGUGGGACUCAUAGGCAAUUAAUAGCCUUGGACUCAUAAACCUUUAUGUGGUUUGACGUACCCCUUUCAACAACUGGAAGGGGAAACCUGCUUUCUGGGAGGUGACCGGAUUCCAAUUAUUAUCUCCACGUACGUAUCUCGGCUUGAUGACCUUUUGCUUGAUAUGUGCAUACUUGGAUUUGAACUGGAGUUCAUGAAGGCUGGGAUAGCUAUAGUGUCCAACAAGUCAUUUCGUGGAAAAUAACCAAGGAAAACAGAAAUACAGAAGUCUGAAAUUGGACAAGAAUAAUAAUUCUGGGUCGAAACAGAAGGUUCGUGGAAACUAAUAUGGGGCCAUGAACAAGAACUGGAAAGUAAAAUAUAAGAGAAAGGAACAGAAAAGUUACCAACUUUCGGUGAAAGAAACGCGUAGGAAAUUGUAGCCACCAACUCUGGAUAAAAAGACAAACUCGACGCCUACUUGACCUUGACUUUCUCACCGGUUGAGGGCGAGCAUGUGAGAAGCGAAGCCAAUUGUUUGUCAUUUGACUCAUUUCACUGCAUUCCAUAUCCCUUCAAUAAUUACUCCAAUGAAGCCAUCGCCGCCACUGCCGUCGCCAUCGGAGCCACCAUUCCCAUGGAAGUUCUUACAAUACCGGCCGUCCUACGACGUGUUCUUGAGCUUCAGAGGUGAAGACACACGCAGGACCUUCACGGACCACCUCUACGCGGCACUAGUUCGUGCCGGAGUCGUUACGUUUAGGGAUGCCGAGGGACUAAGAUGGGGAGAAAACAUAGCGGAGAAAUUGGUGCAGAUAAUCCAAGAGUGUAGGAUCUCUCUCAUAGUCUUCUCAGACAAGUACGCGGAUUCGAGAUGGUGUCUCCAGGAGCUGGUGCAGAUCAUGGAGUGUAGAAGAACACGAAGGCAACUGGUUUUCCCCAUAUUCUAUCAUGUUGAUCCUUCACAUGUCAGAAACCAGACCGGUAGCUUUGCUCAUUCGUUUCAGAAAUAUGAAGAAAAGAUGCUCUCAGAAAAACAAAAAGAAGGUACAGAUGAGAUAGCCAUAUUUUCAGAAAAGAUGCUCUCAGAAAAACAAAAAGAAGGUACAGAUAAGAUAGCCAGGUGGAGAGUUGCUCUCAGAGAAGCGGCGAAUUUGGUUGGCUUCGAUAUUGCUGAUAGACAUGAAGCAGAGUUUGUCAAUAGCAUUGUUGACGAGAUAUGCAGACAGCUGACCAACACACACUUGAAUUUAGCUGUCUACCCAGUUGCAAUAGAUUCUCGUGUUGAUGAUAUUUGUAACUGUUUAGGUGUUGGAUUAGAUGAUGAUGUUCGCAUGGUUGGAAUUUGGGGUAUGGGUGGAAUUGGCAAAACAACAGUUGCCAAAGCCAUCUAUAACAAAUUUUAUCAUAACUUUGACAGUAGAAGUUUCCUAGCAGAUGUUAGGGAAACAGCAAAGGAUUCAAGUGGUAAGAUUGCUCUGCAAGAAAGACUUCUUUCUGAUGUCUUAAAACCAGCCGAGAUAGUGGUAGGUGAUGUUUCCAGAGGCAUCAAUGUGAUAAGAGAACGACUUGGAAGCAAAAAGGUACUUGUCAUUGUCGACAAUGUAGAUCAUGAGGACCAAUUGCACGCAUUGGCUAUAAGGCAUGAUUCCUUUGGUCCGGGAAGUAGACUUAUUAUAACAACAAGAGAUCGACAUUUACUGGAACUACUGAAAGUGGAUACAAUACAUCUAACUCGAGAAAUGAAUGAAGAAGAAGCUCUUGAGCUCUUUAGUUGGCAUGCCUUCCAAAAUCAUUCUCCUGAUGAAGACUAUAUCGAACUCUCAAGAAAAGUGGUUACUUACUGUGGGGGUUUACCACUGGCUCUUGAAGUUUUAGGGUCUUUCCUCUUUGGAAGGAGCAUAGGAGAUUGGAAUAGCACAUUGAAGAAAUUGAAAAAGAUUCCUCAUGUCAAAAUUCAGUCAAAGCUCAGAAUAAGCUUUGAUGCAAUUGAUGAGAGCGAGAGGAACAUAUUCCUCCAUAUAUGUUGUUUCUUCAUCGGAAUGGACAAGAACUACGUCAUACAAAUUCUCAACAGCUACGGUUUUUCUGCAGAAAUAGAAAUCAGUGUCCUGCUCCAACAUUGUCUUGUAACUGUUAAUGAAAAAAACAAGCUCAUGAUGCAUGAUUUGCUUCGAGACAUGGGCAGAGAAGUUGUUAGUGAAGAAUCCCCUAACCGUCCUGAAAGACGUAGUAGAUUGUGGCGUGAGGAAGAUGUAAUAGAUGUAUUGACAGAUGAAUCUGGAACUGAAGAGACUGAAGGACUCGCUCUAAAUUUACAAAGAUCUGACAACAUGAGUUUCAGUACAAAAGCAUUUAGAAACAUGAAGAGACUGAAAUUGCUCCAACUCAAGUAUGUACAUCUCACUGGAGACUGCGACAAUUUUCCCAAAAAGUUAAGCUGGCUCUGCUUACGAGGGUUUUCUCCACAGGUCAUACGUAAUGAGUUUCUUAAUGAAACAUACUUGGUUUCUGUCGACCUACGGUACAGCAACCUCCUACGAGUUUUGGAGGAUUCCAGGCGGCUUUGGAGAUUGGCGAUACUUAAUCUUAGUCAUUCACAUUACCUAAGAAAAUCACCAGACUUUUCACAACUCCCAAAUCUACAGUAUUUGAUCCUUAAAGACUGUGUGAGUUUGCCAAAGAUUGACAAGUCCAUUGGACAUCUUCAUCAGCUUGCCUUGCUAAAUCUUAAAGGAUGCACUAAGCUCAAGGACCUUCCGGAGGAUUUUUAUAAGUUGCCUUCUGUUAGGACUCUUGUUCUUUCUGGCUGUUCGAGAUUUGAGAAAUUGAGCAAGGAUAUUGCAUAUAUGAAGUUGAGAACUCUUCUUAUAAGUGGCACAGCCAUAAGUGAAGUACCAUCCUCGAUAGAUUAUCUGAGAGACUUGGACUUUUCAUCUCGACAAGGCCUGAGUGGACUAAAACGAUUUUCUCAAGAUGAGACAUCAGGACCUAGCAGGCUGCGUUUGAGGGAGCUUGUAAGCUUGUGGGAGCUUUUAAGCUUUUUAAAUUAUAAGGAAUGGACAAGCUGGUGUUUGGUAAAGUUGAAAACACUUGCUGUUGGAAUUAAUGCUUUUCUAGUCCAACUAGGUAACUGCAUCAGCGAGUUCACUGUAGAAUACUUAGCUGCAGUGAAGGAUAUUUUCCUGCCACUUGCUCUAGAAUACUUAGCUGCAGUGAAUGAUAUUUUCCUGCCACUUGCUCUUAGCUGUAGUGAAGGAUAUUUUCCUGCCACUGUUUACUCCGCUCAAAUUAGUUUUUUUUUUUUCUUUUUUUCUUUUUUUUUAAAAGAUGAUCAAAGGAUUUCACUCCUACCCCCUGUUUACUCCGCUCAAAUUAGUUUUUUUUGUUGAAGGAUGUCGACAUAAUGUGUGCCUCUACAAACUAGGGUUUAGAGUUGUAAUAGGAAAGCGUUCUAGGUAUUCAAUUGUAUUCGGAUUCUAUUACCUAUUGUGUACCUUGUAACUCCCUAUAUAAAGGGCUCCUAUUAUCAAUAAUAAACACAUUACAAUUCUCCUACAACACGUUAUCAGUACGAGUUCUAACUCAAGCCCAAAAGAAAAAGAAAAAACCCUAAAACUGCUGCAGCCUCUAACCCUAGCCGCAGCCUCCUACUGCAGCCUGCUGCCCCAACCCACUGCCGCAAGUCCUCACAGCCUCCCUACUGUUUCCUGCCGCAAAUCUGCAGCCUCUGCUGCUCCUGCCGCAAGUCUGCAACCCUCACAGCACCCCUGCUACUCCUGCCGCAAGCCUGCAGCCCCUGCUGCCUCUCUGCUGCUCCUGCCGCAAGCCUGCAGAAACUGCUGCUUGCUGCUGUCCAAACUUCUGCAGAAACUGCUGCCGAACCUGCUGCUGAAACUGCUGCUUGCUGCUGUCCAAACUGCUGUAGAAACUACUGCCACUUGUUGCUGCUGCUGCCCCAACACGCCUGCUCCAACACGCGCGUGUUCUCAAGCCCAGAACCAUCACGAUGUCAAACUCGAACAUACUCGAUUUUUUUCCAUUGGAUUAUGCAGGCAAAAGAUACCUAACGUGGGCUCAGGAUGUUGAGCUCCACCUUAUUGCCCGUGACUUAUUGCAUACAAUCCAAGAGCUUUGUCCUAUAGAAACAGCUCCAGACCCUCAAACUGAGAAAGAUAUUUCCAGGGCACUUGCCUUCAUGAAACGUCACAUGGAUAGUGACCUCCAGUUUGAGUUCAUAAAUGAGGAUAGCGCUAUAAAGCUUUGGCAAGCGCUUCGCGAACGAUAUGGCAUGGCAAUGUUCGUGACUCCAUCCUUCCGAAUACAGAAGCAGAAUGGAAAGAUCUUCGCUUCUCUGAAUUUGACACAGUCAUGCAAUUUUAUUCGGAAGCCCUCCGCAUCAGAGCAAUGAUGCACUUCUGUGGCAAGACGAUCACAGAAGAACAAUUGAUUGAGAAAACCCUCAAUACCUUCCCUGUCUAUGCUAUGAGAUCCUGUGAUUUAUUUAAGACUCAUAUAAAUGCAAGACGGAUCACAAGUUUUCAACAGCUUAUUGAAGCUAUGAACAGAGAUAUUGAUAGGCCUCAAGAUGGCCAUCAAGAGCAUCGUCCCAUCGCUAGAGAAAGUUGCCAUCGACGUCAUGAUCCAUACGAUCGAAAUGCUCGAGAAGGUAAUCGCCCAAGGCGACAAUCACGCGACCGUAGGAGCCGUGAUUUUGAGGGAAGAAGGGUUGGAAACCAUGGAGCCAACGUUGGCCAUGGUCAUCACUUUCCAACGGCACUGGUCCUAGGAACCAUGCAAAUUGCGCCAAUGCGCCUUAAUCAAGGGAGAAUCCUCUUUAUGGUGUCUAUUUCUGAUAUGGAACGUCUGAUCAAUGGACCCGAAUUUGCAAUGUACCUAAGAAGGUAGCCGCGUCAUGGUGAUCAAGACAUCGAGUUCAAAAAGACUUUAAAUCUGGCGAUGAAGACAAAAUGCCGCAGAUUUUUUCGAAUAGUCUUUUAUUUUCCAAGAAAUAUGUAAUGGCAAUUAUGUCUUAAAUCAAUAAAUGACAUUUUGUUUUAA